AUGGUGAGGGGAAAAGUGCAGCUUGAGCUAAUACAGAACCCUAAAAAUCGUCGAGUUACUUUCUCCAAGCGUAAAGGCGGACUGUUAAAAAAGGCCAGUGAGCUUUCUAUUCUCUGCGAUGCUGAAGUCGCUCUCAUCAUUUUCUCGCCCUCGGGAAAGCUCCACGAAUUCGCCAGUUCCAGUAUGAAUAGAAUAUUGAGGAAUUAUGCAACAUCUUGCUGCUUGAUGGGACAACAAACACAAUCAUCACAAAAUAAAGAGAAAAUACCUAUGAAAGUGGAGAGCUUACAAAAAUGCGUAAGGAAAUUAGACAAGAAGUGCAAAAAUAUGCUUGGUGAAGACUUAGAUUCGCUAAGUUUUAAAGAAUUGGAGGUUCUUGAAAGGAAAAUCAAUUCAAGUGUUAGAAAUAUACGGUCAAAAAAGGAAAAAAUGUCAUUAGAAUAUAUUGCAUUUUUAAAAGCUAAGGACCCUGCGACCCACAAUGUGGACGCAGGUUCUGCAAGCCAUAUUGUGGACGCAAGCCUUGUGGCCCACAUUGUGGACGCAGGCCCUGCAGCCCACAUUGUGGACGUAGGUCUGCGCCUGUGGCCCACACUGUGGACGCAGGUCUGCGGCCCACAUUAUGGACGCAGGCCCUGCGGCCCACUCUGUGGACGCAGGUCUGCGGCCCACAUUGUGGACACAGGCCCUGCGGCCCACAGUGUGGUCGCAGGUCUACGAACCCGCGAGGAAGGAGAAGAGGGGGGGAGCGGGGAUGGCGGUGCGAGUUGA